GGAAAGGGGCGGAAGCGGCUCGUCUCGCCCGUCUCCAUUUUGCUCUUCGUACUGAGCGUUGUCGGUCGGAGGGGACGCCGAGUUUCUUAGCCACAUUCCAGAAUGUCAUAUCCAGGAUAUCCUCCAUCAGGCUACCCAUCUUUUCCUGGUUAUCCUCCUACAGGACAGGAGUCUGUUUAUCCACCUGCUAGCCAGUAUUCUUACCCUGCGGUGCCUGGAGGCUUCCCACCUGUAGGAGGCAGUGAAUAUAAUGUAGCUCCACCAACUGGGGAAUUCCCAGGGAUUGCAGGUUACCCAGCCGCACCUGGUGGGUAUCCUCAUGCAUCUCUUGGAUACCCUGGACUACCUCAGCCUGGUGGCAUGCCAACUUAUCCGGGAGGUGCUGGUUUUGGAGUACCCCCCUCUGGCUCUGGUUUUGGCUACCCACAGCCUCAAUCCCAAACUUACGGUGGAGGUGGUUCAAUGCCCAUAUCAGCUGGGUAUCCUGGUGGACAAACACCAUCAACACCUCUGCAGCCUGCAGCAUUAACUCAGAGCAUGGAAGGCACAAUUCGACCAGCUCCUAACUUUGAUGCAGGGAGGGAUGCAGAAAUUUUGCGCAAAGCUAUGAAAGGAUUUGGUACGGAUGAGCAAGCAAUCAUUGAUGUUGUUUCCAACCGUUCAAAUAACCAGAGGCAACAAAUUAAAUCUGCUUUCAAGACUAUGUAUGGCAAGGAUUUAAUUCAAGACCUGAAGUCGGAGCUUAGUGGGAAUAUGGAAGAACUGAUCCUUGCAUUGUUCAUGCCAUGUACCUAUUAUGAUGCCUGGAGUUUAAGGCAUGCAAUGAAGGGUGCUGGUACCCAGGAAAAUGUAUUGAUUGAAAUUCUUUGCACAAGAACAAAUCAGGACAUUCAAGAAAUAGUCAAAUGUUACAAGAGUGAAUUUGGAAGAGAUAUUGAACAUGAUAUUCAAGCUGAUACAUCUGGUCACUUUGAACGAUUACUUGUAUCUAUGUGUCAGGGUAAUCGGGACGAGAAUCAAACCGUAGAUUAUCAAAAAGCUCAGCAGGAUGCACAACGACUUUACCAAGCUGGGGAAGGAAAGCUGGGAACAGAUGAGUCUUGCUUCAACAUGAUCCUUGCAUCUAGAAGCUUCCCCCAGCUGAAAGCCACUGUGGAAGCUUAUUCACAGAUAGCUAACCGUGAUUUAUUAAGCAGCAUUGGUCGGGAAUUUUCAGGAAAUGUAGAACGUGGCUUGAAGACUAUUUUACAAUGUGCUCUAAAUCGCCCAGCCUUUUUUGCAGAAAGACUUUAUCAUGCCAUGAAAGGAGCUGGCACAGAUGAUUCUACCUUGGUUAGAAUUAUUGUAACUCGUAGUGAGAUUGAUCUGGUACAGAUAAAACAGCUGUUCACACAGAUGUACCACAAGACUUUGGCCACCAUGAUUUCAAGUGACACAAGCGGGGAUUACAGACGGUUGCUCUUGGCCAUCGUGGGUCAGUAGGAAACACUCUCAGAAAGUAAACAAGAGCUGCAAACAGCCAACUGUCGCUACCAGCUAUCAAGAGUGUACAAAAAUAUAAAUUAUCCUAGACAAUUAAGUAUACAUUGAUUGAUCAGGAUCUUUUAUUUUUCACAUACAAUUGCCUUAAUUUAGCACAUCAUGUACUUUAUAAACCUGCUGCCUGAAAUGUGUUUGUUCUGUUAUUGUCACAAAGGCUGUUACUUGUUUUGUACUCCUGUGUGCAUUGCAUAGUGUUGUUUACUGUGAGAAAGGACACGAUGGGUAUAUAGAGCUACACUUAGACGAUGUAAGCAUGUCCAGUUUUUAAAACUCUCCAUAAAUUUUGAAAUUAUGAAAUUCUGUAUCUUUAUUAUGUCUUGUAAAAACCAAAACAGAGCCCAUUUCCCAUGAAAAGCAGUUUGUUUUUGUAAUUAAUUCCAAAAUGAUAUUGUAAAAGUUUCAAUAUUCCAAUUUUGUUUAGACCCUUAGUCAAUUUAUAGAUUUCUAAGAUUAAAUAUUGUUUAGCUUUUUGCAGUUUAUUUCAGAUUCUUUAAAUUCUAAGCUUAUGAUUAAAUUUGUUUUUCGUUUUGGAUUAAAAGCAGAUUGAUCUUACGUUUUCCAAUUCGUCUUUCCAAGUCUCUAAGAGCUUAGAAAUAAUAAUCAAUUUAUUCCUGAAAGUGAUUAGAGAGUAAUGUUUGCUAAUUUAGCAUUUGUCAAGAUUGAACCACUUUGCUGCUUUCAAAUCUUAAUGCUUUUCAACUUGCCAAUGAACUAGGGGGAUGGAAGAUGGAAAUGGAAUGUGGCGAAUGUAUGCAGAGAUCAUGGGAGCAUGAAAGCCAUCAAGAUCACCGCUGCAGGUGCUUGAGAAAGAGAUGGGCUGUUUCCAUAACACAAGAAUGUCUCUUAAUUGGACCCGGGGUAGAGAGAAGGGGAAAUUAUUGUUUAACUGGACAAGCAUUUGCAUGGGAAAACCAGAGUUGGUUUUGUUUCUUCAGUACCAAUAUGGCGUAUCCAAUAAAGUUUUACUUUUGGGAAUUCAAA